GCUUUUCGUAACGCUUUAUUAUUGGUUUCCCACUUACUCUUUUUCUUUAUUUUUAUCCUUUUUGUUACCUUGACUUUUUUUGUCUUUGCCGUUAUCCCUUCUUCGUCUUUCUCCUCCUCAUCGUUAACCUUUCAAAAUUACGUCCAUACAGAGUACAUACACGUCUAAAUAUUGAGUCUAUUCAUUUUAUAGCCAAACAACUAGCGCUAUCUUUAUGCCAACCCAAGAGCUUGGUCGUCUACAAAUCAAUUCAUCCGGCUGGCCAGCGAUGGAUUCAGGCAUCAGUCGAUAUCAGUUGACCUCACCAACCGAUUCAGUCAUUUCAAAGCCGUGUGCAAUAAUAAGCACUUCGAAUGCAAACGACUCGGAAGAAUGGAAUCCAUAUAACGUGCCUUGGGACACUAAGCGGACUUCAACUACCUCCCGUGCAACCGCCAAACAAAACCCGGCAGCUUCCCUCAAUGCAAACCCAGAUAUUGACAGCAGAGUGCUAGUUCACGACGAUGAAUGGUACUGCGAUAGUGGCAGCUCGAGUAGCAGCACUAGCAGUAAUGAUCGCUCAACACCACGCCGCUCUAGUACUUCCACGAUGCCUGUAGAUGAUCGGGCUCGGCAGUCGGAUAACAGUUGGCGCAUGCGCUCUUCGACAGUUGAUGACACCAUAACCCAUAAACGUAACAAGAAGUCCGCUCCCUCUAAAAAACAUACCCAGUUAAAGGACGUCAGCACACCGCGAAAUAAGACAGUUCAGCACCUAACCAAAGAUGAAGAGCGAGUUAUGCGUACUGAUGAAAUAGCCUUAUUUAUGAGAUGCAAAAAACGCCCCUGCGAUGCUGAAGUUCAGCCUAUCCCUCCUGCACCAGGAGGUUGGGAUGAUGUCGUACCGGACCGCACAAUAAGCUGGGGAGAAUUGAAGACUCGCAGUACGACUUCCGACAGACCUCCCCACUCGGCUUCAGGCAAGAGAUCUGAAAAUUCGCAAACAUUACGAGAAGACAAGAGCAAAGCCAAUAGCAGACAUGAUUUUGCACACCAUGGUGGCCGCCAAGUUUCUUAUAGCAAGCCAAAGCCAGCUACAAAACUUAAUAACAUGGAAGGAUCAGAUAUGACAACCUGGGGAAAGUCAAUGCACGCAUCAGAAGUGUGCCAACCAUGGAGAGAAAAGCUCACACCGCAGCCUCCAGCCAAGAAGAAUGACAUUCCUUCCUCCUACUACAAUAUACCUCUACCUAUGGAAAAUACAAGCAAACAUGCGAUUGGACAAAUGUAUCCAUCGUCGACUAAAGCAAAACAUCAAGACAUGAAUGCCAGUCAUUUAUAUGCUCGUUCCGGGGAUACACAACAAAAUAGCCCCUCGCCUAUUGACACACUAAGGCAUUGGCAUUACGAAAAAGAAGGAUAUCAUGCUUCAAAUUAUAACAACGAAGACAAUCCUUUGUCCCCAUCUCCCAAUGAGAUGCAAUGGCAAACUAAGGAAACGUUUACCUCCCCAUGGGAUCCACAACCUAAGACCUUUACGAAUCCACGUCAAAAUACUCCGAGCUGGAAAGAACGUAAAGGAUCACUGGACUCUCUCCGUAUGCCCAAUCCACAUAACUCAUAUAAUGCGACCUCCUCCACAGAAAAUGGGUUCCAUGGCCACAACCAAUGGUCGCCUAUGCUCUCCAUCUGGUCAAUGGCCCCGGAAGAGUCCCAUCGUGUUAGACCAUCUUCGAGGCGAUCAUCCUUCGAUGUUGGCAAUCCUGUCGCUCUCUCUAGCCAACAGAAUGCCGACUGGUCACAAUCAGGAGGUCUGGAUGACUGGAUGACCAUGAACAAGAGAGUAGGGAGUCUUAUGAGACUCAUAGAGGAAGACAUAACACCAGUACCCACACGUGCAAACCCUUUGACUAGCAACAAACAAGCCCAUAUGCCUUGCCACGCUAAUGUUGAUCAAUUCAGAGAUUAUCGCCAGGAUAGCUAUCCCGUUCCACAGCUACCAUGCAGCCAUUGCGGAGCAUCUAGCCGUGCUAUGCCUUCAGCUAUACGCAACAACACAUACAUGUAAUAGUACAUGUAUAGACAUAUAAAUGUCACUUGUAAAUCUUCUCAAGUAAAACUGAAAAAUAAGAACGUAACUUUUAAACGAUUGUAAUUUACACCGUAAGUCCAAUAAGCUGCUCAAGCCAAAUGCACUUUGCAGCUUGCCCAAUCCCCAUCAAAGCCCAAACCCCGCCACGCACAUAAUCUUUUUCAUUUUCAUUUUCAUGUUGAGUCAUCAGAAGCUUGCCUUCUUUCUUAACUUUCAAACUAAAAUAAAAAAAAAA